AUGCUGGGACACGACGACGCCGACGAGGGCGACAUAUCCCUCGCCUUCACCUCAAAUCCCGCCUCGAGAGCGGCAGCGGCGCCUGCACGACCACUCGCUCCAGCCAGCGACUUUGAGCAGGAUGUCGCCGUCCCAUCCCCCCGCCCCCUCCUCGACAAAGAGUCAGCUUCUAAUCCCGGCCAGAGAACAAGAAGCCGCCAGGGCGUGACCGUGUCGCUGAACGAUGAAGACGGCGCAACAUCCACUGCGACGGCACCAGGGCACUGGGCUCCUGGGGCUCUCAAAUCGGGUUCGAGACCAUCUCCAGCACAACCUUUAUCCCCACAAUCUUAUCCAAACGUCGACACCUCCCGCAUCCCCUUCUCGACCCAACCUCCAGGGCUACCGCGCCGCGCCUCUUCUGGUCUUGGACGUUCGCGCUCUCUGAACGUCCGCUUGCCUUCCGCCGACGAUUCAAGCUCGUCCGAUCCAGCCCAAAAUAGUAAACAGGCUCCCAUGUCGGCAUCAUCAUCACGUCCCACACCUUCGAGCAGGAUAGGGUGGUCGAGGCGUCCCGGCGAACCGAGGCCUCCGCCCAUGAUGAGCCCUGAAGUGGCAGAGAAGAUGGGGCGAUGGGUGAAGGAUGUUGUGGUGUGCAACUUUGAUUUGGACAGAGGUCCCGUGGUGGAGAGGAAAGCGGGGAGCAGGAGGUGGGGUUUUGGGGAGAAGGAGAAUGUGGCAUUCUCUUCUUUCCCGGAUACCUCUCUGUUUGCAGAGGGAACAGUGCUCUUCUCUUUCAAGAUAAGACACAUUCCACCAGAUCCUGAGUCGUUGUCACUCCCAGAACCUCCAUCGCCCAUGCCAGAUCGCACAAAGACCGUCGAGGAGGAACUGUUGAACGACAAGCUGAAUACGGAGGGAGCGGCGAGUGCAAGUCACCCUGCGACCAUGAGUACAGGAGAGAAGGCAGACGAGUAUAGAAAGUGGGACGAACGGGGAAGGGAGUGGCUGUAUGGCUUUGUGUGGUUUGAGCAACGGCAGGACCAGGGUAUAAGAAGAGGGUAUAUGCAGCAGAAAUCUCUGGUUAUCCUCACACACCUUCCUUUUCCUGCACUGUUUGCUUCUGUGCUACAAAGAGUAGCUCCGGCAUUCUUUGACUACGGCUACUCGGCUUUGGAAGCGGCUUGUCAUUCCAUAGCUAAAUGGCCGGAUCCUAUUCCCGAUACCCUUCUAUCCCUACCAUUCAUGUCUGACGUUCUCAACGUCAAGCUUCCCGACACCUCAGAAUCCACCCAGAUGUUCAAAGUCACAUCCAUACCCUCUACCCCUUCACCAUCUCAUGCGCCUAUCCUAGCAUCCUUACCCACAUCAACACCACUACGGACAUUUGCACCAUUCAUCGCUUCCCUAUGGUCAUUGUGGGAAUGUCUAGUCCUCUCUGAACCCAUCUUGAUCAUUGCCCCCGAUCCCAAGACAUGUUCCGAGAUUGUAUGGUGGCUGAGAGACCUCAUGCGCCCUCUACCUCCUGCUGGUGACUUUAGGCCAUACCUACACAUCCACGACCACGAUUUCUCCCUUCUUGUCAAUGCCAACAAACCUCAGCCUGGUGUUGUAGUCGGCGUCACAAACCCCUUCUUCCGAAAUGCGGCCAGCCAUUGGCCGAACGUCAUCUCUAUCCCCUCCAAAUCUCGUAAAAUAAGACCGAGCUCGUCUUCCAGCUAUUCUAAUCCCUUGGAUGGGCCAGAGGGAUUCAUCACCCGCCGCCACCGCUCGGUCCAAAAAGACCGCCCACUGUUGAAACGCCUAGAAGCGCUAGUAGCCGAAGGAAAUCUGGAUGACCCUGCUGGGAAUGAAGCUUUGAGGUCACAUUUCCAGCAGUUGACAGAGAGGUUUAUGGUACCGCUCAAUCGGUACUUUCAGACUCUGGUCCCGACACAGACCCCGAUCCCUGGUAUGGGCUCGCAUCUGACACCGAGUAUGGCUGGAUCGCCCCAUCCAUCAGCCAACAAUUUGCCCUCGCCGUCACCGUCACCUUCGCUGUCGGCAUCGCCCAUGCCGUCACCUGCAGUCUUUUCGCAUCUAUCCCCCUCCCUUCCCGUGCCCCUCUCUUCACAAUCCCCGCUCACCGCCAUCCGCCCCUUCUCCCUACCAGCCUUCCUCACCCAUCUCCGAAACUCGGGUCCAAAUCCACUCUUGUUCAGGAGCAAAAGCAUCAUCUUGACCGGAAAGAGCAGGGUGGAGAAUGAUUUCUAUGCGAGCUUUUGCAUGAGCGCGGGCUUCGCGGGAUGGUUGGGGGGAAGAGUCGAAAGUCUGGGCGGGGCGCUCGCAGGGUCGGUCAGCCGAACAGGCACACCGCGGCCCUCGACUUCGUCCUCUCGGUCAGUGUCCAGCAGCGGCCUCACUGUGCCGUCCACCCCCAACCGCCGCUCGCCUGCACCCGGCCCACCGUCCCGUCUGAGGUCUGUCAGUAGUACUCUUAUAACGACUACCUCGGCGGAGCUGGACAGCGAGAGUGCGCGGGUGACGCCGGAAGCGGGAUUGGGCGCAAGGCCUGCUUUCUCGAGGUCGGCCUCUGUGGGUUUGGGUAUCAGUGGGGGCGGGUCGGGGCUGUCGAACAUGGAUAAGGAGGAAGGGAGGAAGGAGAGCAGUGAAGAUGAUCUCUGA